GGAAUAACCAUCAGAUGGUCCUGGCCUGGGCAGAGAAGUAGAUGCUCAGGAAAUGAAGGAUUCUGUUAAAAGCCCAGACUACAUAGAAAGACUGGCACAUAAAUACAUGCAGAAGUGCAUAGUAGAGUCAAGUACGGAGUCCGAGUCUGAAUCCAGUGUGGAGGUUGUGCCUAGCCCACUUGCUGGAGGACUCAAGAAAGCAAGGGACUCCAAGGGACUGCAAUUUUUAGAUCCUUAUGAUGGUGAUUCAGAAGAUGCAUCCAUUCACUCUGACUGUAGCUUGGAUUCUUUAAAUAGUAUAAAAGUUGCACCAUGGGCGAACAGUGCCCCAAAAGCAAUGGCUGUGGAGGAUGCUGACACUUCAGAAGAUGGAGAGUCCGUCCUUAAACCUCCAGACUGGCUCUGCCCAGAAACAAGAGUCAGUGAAAUUCAGAAAGUAAGUGACUGUAAAGCACCCCUGGAACUUCCUAGCCAAGAGAAAGAUUUCCCAAGAAGCCUGUUGCCAUCAUCUGAACUGCCUAGAGCCACAGAAGCAUUUACCUCUAUGUGGCUGACACCUGAGCAUUCCUUACUGAUGAGUAUUAACCCUUCAGCCUCUGCAGAUCUCCUUGCAAGCCCAGAUGACAGUGCUCCAAAACCUGUACUAGCAGCUGACUGUGAUGGCACAAUGGCCAAACAGCCCCUAAUUAAAAGAAAACAAGGGACUCCCAUUCCAGAGGGUGUUAGUGAAAAACUAAGAGGAAAGAAAUUCCGUGCAGCUUAAUCUGAGGUAUGAAUAAAUCAUUGGACAAACUGUUUGUUCUGAAGAAUGAACCUGGUAGGGAUUUCUUUUGCAGAUGGUACCUGAACUGAACAAGCUUUAAACAAACUAGCUCAAGCCUGUUACAGAUGCAGCUACGCUGUGUACUGUAAGCUUUGAGAUCCAACUGAAAAGAUGGAAUCAACUAAAUAAGCUUGUGUGGCAAUUUAAGUGAAAACUAGCUAAGGUAUGUCCACAGAAUCACAGCUAAGCUUUGUGCCUGGGUGCUACUUUGGUGCCUGGCACCUCUUGAAGCACCAGCCUAACUCCUGUAUAUAGUACCUAGAGGCACCUGCUCAGUUCCAGUGUAAUUUCAAGAAAGUAUUACAAGGGUUUGUUGAGGAGGGAAGGAAGAAUGACUGCAUGGCUGCCAUCAGUUUUCAAUAGCUAUACCUUACCUCACACCUGCUUCAUGUCAGUGUUUGGCUCUUCAUCUGUCUGACCUACUGUAUGAGAGGAAGGAAGCAGCUGUAUCAUGAAUGAUCUCACAUGUUUGGCUACAGACAACUGAAAUGCAUUAAGCUGAACUGACUGCAACUAAAGGCAAUCUUUUUUUUUUUCUUCAAACAGGGAGAAGUUGACUUGUACUAUUAACAUAUGUGUUCCUACCUGUUUUGAACAAUGUUUUAGGUGUACAGUCUCAGUAUGCCUGCCAGUUUAGAAUUUACAAUGUGAAGUUGAACACAUUAGCCGAAAGCACUCUUCUUCCUUAGUGAUAACAAUCACAAGCUGCAGAAGUGGUGCACACAGAUGGGAGGCCAGUUAGUCGGCAAAAACUGUCUCUCUGAUCUCCCUCUUCUGUAUGGUAAUUUCUUUUAUCACCUUUAGAGUCUGGGUAGUCCGUUUAUGUGGAAGGGGAACUACUAUCUGUAAAAGUAUAAUGAUGGCUUGAAAUAUGUUGGUAUCAACUACUUGUGAAAGCAUUCAUUCUGUAUGACUGGCAGAGAUUUUUAAUUUGCAGUUUCUUUCAUAAGGUGGAAAGCCACUCAAAAUACUAUUUAGCUUCUAGCCUUGCACCCUUCCACUAGCAGCUGCAUAUUUAUUUUAUUAAAUCAACUUUUAUUAAAGUUAAAUCUGGAGAUAUGGGGAUGGUUUUUAAUCAGCUUGGAAACAAACUGGUUAGAACAAUAAAAUUCAGAGGCCUUUGCCCUAAGACACAAGCUACUGUGCUUGCCCUCUGACUUGCCCCAGCAGCAAAGAACACUGCAGUGAACACUGUGAAGUUAACUGCAAAAAACCCCCCUUGCAGCUACAGAUUUGUGUGUACUGCAACUAGGCCACAGAUCUCUUUAGAAUUAAGACUCAUGAAAAGCUUAAAAAAAUACAGCAUUGUGAUGCAGCCAAGCCCUUCAGCCCCAUGUCAGGGAAGUCGUACCCUUUUAAGUCCUAGCUGUCUGCUGAACGGUCUUCAACCACUUCAUCUGAGGCUAAAUAAAACUGCAUUACUGACCUUCAAACUGCAGCCAUAAACCCUAAACUCAUCUAGUGACGAUUUCACUUACUUAAACCAGUUGUUUAACACAGCAUACUGAAAUAAAUAAUGCACUAGGAAAAAAAUAAUACAGGAACAAGCAGGAGAGAAAUAAGUUGAAGGGUAAGCCACAUGGGACAGUAUAUACUUAGACAUUCAAAGCCUGCUUAUUCAGUAUGAGAAUCUAACUGUGGAUUAACUUCUGAACUGAAAACGCACCUUUUGUUAAUUCAGGCCUAAUGCAGAAGUUAAGUUAACGUACAAAGAGCUGAACAGUCUGGGAAGCUCUAGCUACUUCAAGCAUAUUUGAGACUCUCUUGAUCUCAUCAUUAGUACUUGCUAAUAGGUGGAACUGCUUUAACCAAAGAUUUUUAUAGUAGCUGUAAGCUGGUACCACAGCCCAGGUGCUGAGCUAUGCACAGAAAGUAGUUGCUGAAAGAAAGGUGCAUGUUCAGUUCUGUUUUGAGAUUGAAAAGCUAUGCACCUGUAUUCUUCAUAUGCCUCUCUGAACACUUGUAUUAGCCACUGUUAGAGAGGACAGUUGUUCUGACAGGGUAGUCAGAAGGGUAGAAAUGCUCACCCAAUGAAUUUAGGAUCAGAGAAAGCAAGCAAAUACUCAAACCAUUACAGCAACCCAAGCAAUUAGCAGGAACUCUCAGCUCCCCUAAUUUGUUAACAGUUGGUGACAUGUGAGUCUCUGAAAUAAUAUUGUAACUCCUCGUUUAAGCAUUUAAUACUAUCCUCCUGGGCUUAACGAGACAUGAAACUGGAGGCUUAUUUCACCAUAAAAGCAGCUUAAGGAAGAGGAUGCCCUGUGGUCAAUAGGACAAGAAAGUCUUGUUUAGGAUACUCUAGCUUCUGAAUGCAUCUCAGCAGCUGUGUAAACACAGGUUACUUGAAGCAAGAGCCAGUUCAUUGCUAAUAAUUCAUGCAAUGGCAUCAGAUACCAUAGCAGAUAAUGCCAGGCUUUGUGUCUUACUGCACUGAAGACUUACAUUCCAAGGUUCUUGUUACUGGAGGUUAGCUGAACCAGCUGCUGAGCUGUGUGAAGGUCAACAAUAUGCAUGAAUACCAACUUACUACUUGUUUUUCUCUGCAAAGAU